AUGUCGGGCAUCGACUACCAGAACCGCGUUGGGCACAAGACGGGUAGUGGUGCCCCCGCCACGUCCCAAGAAUGGAACUUAGAGAGAAAGGAGCGCCUGAGGCGGUUGGCUCUGGAGACAAUCGACCUCAACAAAGAUCCUUACUUUAUGAAAAAUCACCUGGGUCACUUUGAGUGCCGACUCUGUUUGACGCUUCACGUGAACGAGGGGAGCUACUUGGCACACACGCAAGGCCGGAAGCAUCAGACCAACCUCGCGAGGAGAAAGGAAAAGGAAAAGGCAGAAAGCGCGGUUGCCCCGGCACCUGCGAAGAAAGCACUGCUCUUCGAGAUCGACUACCCAGAAAUCAACGAAGGCGCAAAACCCUACCACAGAUUUAUGUCUUCCUUUGAGCAACGCGUCGAAUCUCCUCCGGACACAAAAUACCAGUUUCUCCUCUUCGCUGCCGACCCAUACGAAACCAUCGCUUUCAAAAUCCCGAACAUGGAGGUCGAUCGCAGUGAAGGCAAGUUCUACAGCAACUGGGAUCCGGAGAAGAAGGUCUACACGAUUCAGUUGUUCUUCGCGCGGAGAUCUGUGAAGGCGUUGCCAGCGCUGCCUCAGCGACCGACGUCUUUCCUUCCGGUUACGGCCCGUUGGUGA